AUUUCCUCAUUCAGGACUGCUGCCCUGAGUACCGACUCUCAGGCAGCACUCCUCUCAGCCGCGCCCCCUCCACACACCACAGAGGCGCAUUCAGAGUUCAAUACAAAUACAACCUCGGAACAGAGUCACGGAGCCGGUGUUGUGUGUGUGUGUGUGUCAUGGAGGUUUAGAGGUGAAUGCCAUGCAGUGAUUACAACAUUAUUAUCUGUGUGUGCAGCGGAACGGAAGUGUUGCCUGCGAGGCCUCGCGCAGGGCGAACAACCCGCCGCAACCUGCUAAAAACAGUCGCUCUGACAGAUAACCUCGACCAGCUUCCCGCGCGCGCGCGCGCACACGCACGGGAUAACAUUACGGAUACAAACGACUUCCGUCCGUUGGUGCGGGUCGUUGUUUGUGUCACGCGCCUCGGAGACUGAGGGGCUCACGCGCGACCGUCACAGCGCGAGCUCUCGAUCUAGCAUCGGCUAGCCAGCUAACGGGCUCACCGGAUAGCACCGGACACUCACCUGUACUCUCGGACGGCAGCAGCGAGCAGCAGCGAGCAGCAGCCGCGGAGGAGCAUGACCCCCCCACCAGUGAGUCCUGAGACCAGCGGGCUCCUCAGACCGGGACCCGGGUCCUGACAGAUCAAAGGGAAAGAGAAACUGAGGCCGCCUCGCCGGGAUGAGGCAUGGUGCAGCCCCAGCCUGACGGCCCCCUGCAGUGGGAGAUGUCAGGUGAGGAGGGGGGCGGGACGCUCAGAGUCCCACCUGAGCUGGCGUCCAAUGAGGUGGUGACCAGGUUGCUGGGUGACAACCAGCAGCUCAGAGAGGCCCUGCGGCGCAGCAACAUGGCCCUGCGGCAGCGCUGUGAGGAGAUGGAGGGCUGGCAGCAGAGGACCCGAGGAGAGAGGGACUUCCUCAGCUGCCGCUUCCAGGAGGCCCGUGCCCUGGUGGAGCGGCUGGCCCAGGAGAACCGGUCCCUACAGGGCCUGGUGAACGGGCCGGCCUCCAGCCAGGGCCCGGAGCUGCAGGGGAGCCCGGCCAGGACCCGAGCCCUGGAGGGGCCUCAGACUCUGGACCAGCGGGAGAAGAGGAGGCUGGAGGAGGCGGAGCGCCACACUCAGACCACGCCCCCCCGCAGCCUGGGCGCCGCCAGUGGGCGGAGCUCCUUGAGUAGCGCCCUCCCCUCCCCCUCCCCCUCCCCCUCCCUCUCCCUCUCAGAGGGGGAGGGGGAGGGCAGGGAACAUGGCCAGCCAGAGGAAGGGGCGAACGAGUUCCUCCAGCUGCUGAAGAGCCACAAAGAGAAGCUGGAGGAAGGGAUGAGAGAGAUGAAGAGGAAGAACGAGGAGCUGGAGAGGGAGAGGGAGGAGGGCGAGAAAGAGAGAGAGCAGAUGCGGUGCUGUGUCGACCAGCUGCGAGGCAAACUGGCUCAGGCCAGCAGUGCUCCUGAGGAGGUGCCUCUUCAUCGCUCUGAGGCUCAACAUUCCUCUGACAGCUCUAGUCUGGCUAAACUCACAGAGCAGCUCCAGGCCACACAGGGCAGGUAUCGUGACUUGGAGGAGAAGCUGGAUUAUCUUCAGAAGAGUUCAGCUCAGAGGGACAGAACUGAAGCUCUGCUGAAGCAGAAGGACAAGGACUGUGGACAGCUCUCUAAGGACUGCGAGGCCCUGAAGGCUCAGGCCACGUCUCUGCUAGGAGAACUGAACGAGAGGCAGAGCUGCCUGGAGAAGAGCGAGCAGGACCGCCGAGCCACGGAGGACAAGCUGUGCAGCAAGGUGAAGGCCCUGCAGGCGGCCGAGCGGGAGCUGGAGCAGCAGAGGAAGCAGCACCAUGUGGCCAUGGACAAGCUGCUGCUGCAGACCCAGAGCCUGGAGCAGGGCCUGAAGACGGAGAGACACGUGGUCACCGAGGAGAAGAAGAAGCUGACCCAGCUGCAGCACGCUUACACCUGCCUCUUCAGAGACUACGACUCCAAGCUGAAGACUGAGGGUGGAGACCUGUGCAGCCGCCUGGAGGAGGCGGAGCGAGCUCUGGCCCUGAAGCAGGACCUGAUCGAUAAGCUGAAGGAGGAGGUGGAGCAGCAGAGAGGCUCCCUGGAGACGGUCCCGGUCCUCACUGCACAGGCUGAGAUCUAUAAGGCCGACUUCCUGGCGGAGCGAGAAGCUCGAGAGAAGCUGAACCAGAAGAAGGAGGAGCUACAAGACCAGCUGACGCAGGCCGUGGUGGAGAGAGACCGGCUGAAGCAGGAGGCCACGUCACGGGCCCGUAUGGAGCAGAUGAAGCUGAGGCACCUGGAGGACUUCCCGUCCCGGGCCCCCCACAUCCCCCCCCCUCAAGCGUUCAACACGGCCCCCCCGGCCCCCUCGUUCAGGAACCAGGGCCCGGUACCGCCGGGGGACCAGGGGCCCGCCGGCGCCGAGGAGCUGCCACACCUCUGCUGUCCUAAGUGCCACUACCAGGCCCCGGAUAUGGACACUCUGCAGAUCCACGUCAUGGACUGUAUACAGUAGCAUGAGCAGCACACGCACACGCACGCGCGCGCACACACACACACACACACACGCGCGUGCUCCUGGGGCGCCCCCUGGUGGCUCAGCCUGGACAGGUGCACGUCCUCCUGUGAUGGGAUGCAGACGACCAAUCAGACGCUGUGGAUUAUAAAUGUGCUGCAGCGACCCCGCCCCUUUCCUCUGGCCUGACCUCAUCGGUCUCGUGCUCCUGAUGACGUCGUCUCGUGCACGUUCUCCAUCGCUGGGCAGAACAACCUCGUGAGCUUUAAUAUAGAAUAUUCAAGUCUGUGUUGGUCAUACAUGUUGCUGCAUCAAACAUGUAGUGUUAUGUAUCAGAGAUGGAUUUACUCAGUACCACUGCUUUGUCUCUGAUGACCUUUGACCCCACAGGCCCCUCUUUACCUGUGGCCCUGUAUCCGCCCAGGUAAGCACAUUGAGGGGCUUUUAAACGUUGUGUGAAUAUUGUCGGCAAUUAUCCAUCAUUUGGUGCAAAAGAUGUUUCAGAACUGUUGAUUUACGAAAUAAAAUAAUAAUGAAUCAGU